AUGUCUACCUCUGCAGCCAAGCGCAAGGUUCCGCCGAGUCGGCAAGAGCACGCCUGCACCGUCUCUAUUCGCGCUCCGAAUGCCGACAGCCUGCAUCCGCACUCGACGUCGACUUCGACCAUCAACCAUCCCGCCGACGACCUGCUCCGCCUUCCCGACCCUGUGCCCCUCAACCUGGCCUCAACCCCGGGCCAGAGCCGGCCGACUCGACGCGACAGUACGGCAUCGAGCCCGCCCAGCCCGCCCAUCUCGCGACCCACAAGCACUCUCGACCUCUUCGCCAUGUUCGCCCCAAGCCCUACCACCUCCUACACCCUGCCUCGGCCACCGCCGACCAUCCCGCCGUCCGACCUUGACCACCCCGACCCGUCCGAGCCCGCCGUCGCCGUCCUCUCUCCUGCAGCCGGCCCUCCUCCUUCGGCACAUCCCUGCGACGAGCACAUCACGAGGCCGCUCCUCGACUUUCGAGAUCGACGCGUCCAGGGCUCCUCGCCCACAGCUGGCAGCUCCCGCGUGGACGAGGACCGACGGCGAGACCUGCCGCAGGUCGGCCCGGUCCGAGCGCAUGACGUGCUCGCGCUCGCGUCGUUGCGGCCACGCAAUUUCGCCGUCGAGGUCCUGUCGGGCGCAGAGGAGGACUGGCUCGAGGUCGACGAGGUCGACUCGGCGGCAGACGGUGAGCAGCGCGACUUUGAGCGCAUGAUUGCGCUCGUGGCGGGCUCGGCAAAGAGGAGGGAGCCGUCCAUGUACCCGGGCCAGGACCAUCUCUUCGCCCUCGAGCGCAACACGUCGUCAAGGUUCUUCCUGCCGGCGCAAAAGAUGUGCAUAGCUUAUCUGUACCCGUGGGAGGUGCCGCCGUUGCCCAAGCUCUCGCGCUUCGCCGCCCAGACGUACGACUCGCUCCUGCCGGUCCUCCCUCUCCUCCAUCGUCCAAGCCUCGACCUCAAGGCGAUCGCUCCGCCUCUCGCGUUUGCGCUCUCGGUCGUCGGCGCCGGCCUGUUCGAGUCGUCCAAGCCGUUCCACAACGAGAUGUCGCACAUCAAGCGCGAGUUCGCCGCCGCCGAGUUGACGCACGUCGUCCUGCACGAGGACGAGCGCCUCGCCGCCGCCCAGACCCUCCUCCUGUACCAGCUCGUCGGGUGCUUCUCGGACAGCCAGGCCGAGCGCGAGUACUCGAGGCGGCACCACGGCCUCCUCAUCCAGACGUUCCUCGACAUGCUCCCGCCCGAUCACGCCGUUCCGCUCGACCUCAACCUACCGCCGGACGACCUCGAGCGAGUCUGGCGAGCCUGGAUCGCCCACGAGACGCACGUCAGAAUCGCCUACCUCUGCUACCUGCUCGACCUGGAGGUCGGGCGUGCCGCCGGCGACGAGCACCGCCUCCUCCCGCACUCGCACUCGGCCAUCUCGGCCCUCCCCCUCCCGUCAAGUGACAGCCUGUGGAACGCCGAGUCGGCCUCGACGUGGAGCGCCGCCUUUACGCGGCUGCGGCGGUACGACAACGGCCGCGGCGAGUCGUCGUCCGCCUCGUCGGCGACGUUCAAGAGCGUGCUGGACGCGCUCCUGUGCUCGUCGCCGCCUCCGCAAGGCUCCUCGGGCGCUCGAGCGCUCGCCUCGUUGACGCAGGUGGCGCCACUCGCCAUCACGGUCCUGUACCAGACGCUCGAGGGUCUUCGGCGCCAGAUCACGACCUCGCAGCGCCUCCUCGUCAACCUCGCCGCCGCUCCGCCGACGAGCAUCGCCCCCGGCGAGCUCCUUCCCGGCUCAAGCGCGCUCGCCGGCGGCCAUGGUGGCAUCCUCGAGGCGGCGACGGCGAGCGCAAAGGAGAGCCAGGUCCGGAUCGCGUUCGGGCUCAGGGUGCUCAAGAUGCUCGGCGGAGCGGCGGCGUCGCAGGAAUGGUUCUCGGGCAUCCACGCCAUGUUCCGUUGACCCUGUCUCUGUAAUGGACGGUGCUCGACGCUU